AGAUUGACCGUAGAUAACUAUGUCAGUUCUUAAUUUAUUUUAACAUAUAAUUAUGAAUAUAUCAAUAUUAAAAUAAAAGAAAACCCCAUGUUUAAAAACAUAGUAAAAUUUUAAAUUCAAAUUAUUUAUUUUUCAUUUCACAUAAAAAUAUAAUUUAAACAAUUUUUAUAACAAGUUAGAGUUAUGACAUAUAAUAAACAGUACUAUAAUAUCAAAAUUAAUAAUUAUUUAAAUAUUUAAUUCAAACGUUAAAAUUAAAUUUUAAACAUAAUAAUUUAAACAAAAUUGGAUUAUAUACCGAUCACCCAUAAGUUCAACAUGCAGCCUCUGGUUUUAGCGGUUUUUACGGGUUAUCAAGUUUUUAAUUGAUGGAUAUGUUUUGAAACACAAACCGGAUUACAUAUUGAAUUACUGGGUUUAUAGUGUUGAUCAUAGAUCCGAAUUGGAUUUAAGACCGCUGAUUUAAAUACAAAAACAUUUAAUAGACAAAAUCCUUACAAAUUAACAAAAAAAUUGUAAAAUUAUUAAUGAAGUUUUACAUCAUAAAAUAAAAGCGCGGAUCAAAAUAUAGCUUGUGUUAUUAAAACAUGAUCAUUCUUAUUUUUAUCGGCUUAAAUAUAUAGUCGACUCCUAAAUCUUUUAAGUUGGUGAUAUUGUAAUAUUUAUUAUUAAUGAAAUAUAAAGUUUAAUUAUAUGAUGAGAUUUUUGUUUAAGUAUAUUCAGGUUUCAAAUUUUUGGAAGUAGUGAUUUACAUCUCAUUUAGAUAUUUAUAAAUUUUGUUUCAGUUCAUAUUUUUACGGGUUUGGUUUGGUCUUGACUAUCCGUGUAAAUCAUAAAAUUCUAUAUACUAAAAUAUUCCUUAUAAUUUUCAAAAUUCAAAAAUAAAAACAACAAAUGACAUAUAAAUUUUAUAAUACAUGAACAAAUACUGAAAUUUAACACAAAAUUACCUAUGUUUAAAUCUUUGGUUAAAAUCCCAAAAAAUAUUUUAAAUGUCUCCAGUAUUUUAAGAAUUUUGGAUUACCGUUGCAGCUUUAAUAGUUUUUGUACAAAAAUUUGUAGACACAAACUUAUUUUAAAUUCUGAUUAUAGUUUUCUGGUUGUGUCUAAAAUCAAAUUUCUUGAAAUAAUAAAAAAAUUGAAACAAAAAAAUAUUCCCGCCCUUUAAAAUAUACGCGGGUCAAAAUCUAGUUUUUUUAUUAAAAUGUCUUUGUAGACCCGUUGUAUAUGCGGACCAUGCACGAACGUUCAUCUUUACGUCUGCGGAACCCAGAAUUGACACCCCUAGUCUUGGUUUAACCCAAAACUAUUACGGUCCAAAAAGGCACAAGUAAUUCAAAAGGACACGUUUUGUGUGAAAAUUUAAAUGUUUAAUUACUUUUCUCCUCAUGAAUACACUACUUUUAAACAAAACACCAACAUACUGCUUAUAAAUACAAUUAACCAAAAAGAAAACGUGAAGAAGAUCCCCUUUCCAUUAAAACGAUCUUCAUUUACCUCGAAAACUUGGAGACUACUUGAGUUGUAAUUCCCGAAACGUAAGCCAAUCUUCACGAACGUGAAACAUGUCCGAACACCUGAAAAUCCAUCCAGUGAGCGAUCCGGAAGCUCCACUACCUCCGACGCAUCCAACGGUUCCUCUUGUCUCACGUAGCUCCUCAAGAUCGGAACACGGUGAAACAACCAAAGAAUCUGUGACGCAACCACCACAGUUGGAUUCUCCUCAAAGGAAGAAGAAAGGAAGGAGAAGCUGUUGGUGUAGGUGUGUGUGUUACACGCUCCUCGUUCUCUUUCUUCUUAUUGUCGUCGUAGGAGCGGCCGUUGGUAUACUCUACCUUGUCUUUAGACCAAAGUUACCGGAUUACAAUAUCGACAGGUUACAGCUCACGCGGUCUAUACUCAAUAACCAAGAUUCGAGUUUGUCGACCGCGUUUAACGUCACCAUUACGGCCAAAAAUCCCAACGAGAAGAUCGGAAUUUACUAUGAAGACGGAAGCAAAAUUAGCGUCUUGUACAUGCAAACCAGACUUAGCAAUGGGUCAUUGCCGAAAUUUUACCAAGGACAUGAGAAUACGACCAUUAUAUUCGUAGAAAUGACUGGUUAUACUCAGAAUGCAACCAGUUUAAUGGCGACAUUGCUAGAGCAGCAACAGUUAACUGGAAGCAUACCGUUGCGGAUUAGAGUUACCCAACCGGUUCGGAUCAAGCUUGGGAAAUUAAAGCUGCCGGAAGUAAAAUUCUUUGUGAGGUGUGGUGUAUUCGUUGAUAGCUUGGCUGCUAACAGUGUUAUUAGGGUUAGGAAUAGUAACUGCAAAUUCAGGUUUAGACUAUAAUUUCAUUUUUAAGUUUUUAUUAAUUUAGAAUUUGCAUUAAUAAUGAGGGGUUGAGGGUUCCGAGUCCCCCUCCCCCGUUCUACGCUGAGUCUCCGUUAUCAUUAUUUAUUUUAAAAAAAUACAUUUUGUUUCACACCAUGUAAAUAAUUAAUAAAAUAUCCAUUUUUUUCUUGUUGUUGUUCAUAAAUGUUGAUUUCUUUCUCAUCAUUGACCGA